AUGACUGACCUGACCCCAGCUUUGUCCAAUAUUCUGGUGCAGAAGCACUCCUCAAAAGCGCUCUCUCCACCCUGCGACCUUACGGCCAAGCUAGACUCGUUUCUCCGGGAAGCGUACCAGAUCAACAGAUCCAUAUCCUCUCUGUUGGACUAUUUACGAGCGAUACGGACUCCCUAUCUAUCAAGCGCCCCUCCUCCGCGCCAGAAACGUGUCGACGUCGAACGCCAGUCGCUGUCUUCCCAUAUACCGGGCCGGCAUGUACCGGAGCAUCUGAACGACUCUCAACGUGAAGCCAUUGACUCGGAAACGUCCUCAGUCCUACGAGAUAUCAAUAAGAAGAUAACAGAUCUCAACUCGGCAGUGAGUCUACAGCACGACACGGCAAGUAAAGUCCUUGAGCAAAAAUAUGGAAAACCCAGUGGAGUACUGUGGCGCUGGGCAGCAGGCGACGGUGAUACACCGGACGCAGGCAAACCGCAGGCACAAAUCGACGAGGAAGGACAGUUAAGGACAUUGAAGAUGUUCAGAGACGGCGUCUUGUGGUACCUGGGGAAAAUGCUCAAGGACGCUAUCACAGUCCAGCAGGAGAUGGUGGAGAAGCGCCUCGAGCGCGAACAGCAGAAGCAGAUGAGCAUACUGUACAACCCGCGGAACAAGGGUGUACGCGCAAACAACGGCAUGGAAGCCACCGUAACUGGCGUGUCGGAGGGAAUUCCGCCAACCCAGGAUCUGCGUGGCCACGACGAAUACACACCCUGGACAGAGUCCCAGGGCGGCGUGGAACAGGAGCUCUCGCCCGAGCAGCUCCAGCUAUUCGAAGAGGAGAAUCGAGGCAUCUUCGAGCACUUCAACGACCAGCUCGCCAAGGUCACGCAGGUGGAAAAGUCCCUGAUGGAGAUUGGGAGUCUGCAGCAGACGCUGGUCGGACACCUCAGUGUGCAAGGGGAGAUGAUUGAUACCUUGGUACAGGAUGCGAUGAACACGGAUGAGAAUGUGAGGAAGGGUAAUCGAGAGUUGAAAAGGGCCAGUGAGAGGGGGAGUACGGCGAGGCUGGUGUUCUAUGCGACGGUGGGGUUUUGCUCCUUCUUGGUGGUUUGGGACUUGGUAUUCUGA